AUGCCCCAUACACCUGAGCUUCCACAGGGCAUAUGCCCAGGAGAUAUUUUAAUAGUUGUCCAUGACUUCCUAGCUCGGGGAGCGGACGAACUGACCCUUCGCCGAGGAGACAAGGUUGAAUUACUAGAGCUAGACGAAGGUUUUGGUGAUGGAUGGUAUUUGGGGAAACAUGUGGCUGAGAAUAGAACUGGACUUUUUCCCGGCGUUUAUACGACAACCAUCCCAAAGUUGGGCGUUCGUCAACAGGCCACCACAGCGUCGAAUUCCACUAUUGCAUCGAAAUCCCGCGGAAACAACGAGUCCCCAGUAUCACCUACAGCGUUAGGAGCCACCUCAGAACCCGCAUCUCAAACACAAAAUGAAGAUUCAAACUCACAAGCGUCACGCCAAUUUAGUGGUGCUGAUUUUAAGCCAACUACUGAAGAUCCCACAGGUGAUGCCACAAUACGACUCGGACAACAACAGGGUCCCAACAUAUCGCAUCGCUCUUCUUCAGCCCCCCUGCUACCGACCGCGCAAAGAACUGUCAGUGAAACUAUGUCUCGUCGAAACGGAGAUGAUAGCCCAGUGUUAAAUGAAACCUUGAGCGUUAUCAAUGAACACAUCUCAAAUUUCAACACCCCGCGCCACAGCGUCGUUGCGCAGGACCCAAGGAACCCGAAUGAUUCUGGCAGUGAAUACAGCAGCCAUCCAGACCAUAGAUUGUCAUACAUCCCUGGAGUAGAAACUGAUGAAGAAGAACGGGGUACUUCUUUAAACGAAUACACUGUCAGGAGUUGGGACCACCACCAGACUGCUCGACAUCUUCAACACAUUGGUAUGGAUCCGAACCACUGCCAAAUUUUCGAGGAACAAGAAAUCACCGGAGACGUCUUGCUGGAGAUGGACCAAGAAUUUAUUUACAUGAAGGAGUUUAACUUUGGGGUUAUGGGGAAACGAUUGAAGAGUUGGCAUAUAAUCAAAAGCUUCCAAGAAGAGAUCAAAGGGAUCAGACAGCCGCGACAGUCCUCGUCUACAUUCUCGGGUAGAGAUCGCUCUUCUGAGGAGUUCGAUCGGUCUCAGAGUCGAGCUGGAGGCUCUCUCCUUCCCAGAAUACCGAGUAUUAAUGAAAGCCCUGAUCACAGUUCAAGACGGCCGAGAAGUGCGUCUAGAAAACAUUCUUCAGGGACAACGGUCUCUGCAUCCUCAACUCCGAGCAGCAACGCUGCUUCGGUGCCACCCUUGAAUCAAUCCAUUGGCUUAAGUGGCUCUUCGAGACCGUCAGCAGCGUCAGUUCGCCAGAUAAACUACCCUCGCCCCCAUUCAUCGAUGGAUGGUUCUCAAGCAUCCCCUAACCAGAGGACGAGGUCAGCACAUGGCGCUCCUAGAGGCAAAAAAACUUCCUUUGACAGGGGUUGGACCAUGGCAACUGGAUCUCAGGCUGUAAACAAUCAGCCCGAGAACUUGGUCAGCGCCAGUUACAACUCUGAAUCCUUUCUCCAGCGGACGUUAGACCCUCUUAGCAAUAAUGAAUCCGACUCGUCUCUCAUUGUGGAUUCUGCGGAUUUGGAUAGAGGGUAUUUCUCGGGUGGUGAAAUAGAUAUGAGGAAGUCUCGAAAAGUCCUUACUAAACGGGAUUCUACUAGCAUUGGAGAAGAUUUGAAGCAAGUCCGUGUUAGUCGACACUCGCACUUUGGUAGUGACCCCAGGGAUUUUUUUCCACAUAUUCCAAACAAAGUUAACCAAAGCAGUCCGUCAAGUACGAAAUUCAGUGACAAGGACGUCAAUUCUAAGGAAUCGUUUGGAGACCUGGCCCAUGCUCCUCCUGUAACCAACUUAGAAGAGAAAAACACUAGCCCCAGCUCUGGGAUAUUUUCUGCACUAUCCCCACUCCACUCGAAGACGAAUGGUGAAAGCUCCGGGCGUUCCUCCCCCUUACCAUCGUCGCAUCUCAAAAACGUUGCUCCCAAAGUUCGUCGUGCCCUAGGUUUACGUGCGGUCUCAGACUCUGUCACUGGCAAUGAGAAAGCAAUGGCAUUGUCAUCUCCUACUUCUGCGUCUACGUCAAAAGACUCACAGAAGUCGCCCUCUAGGACAAAUUCUAGUACUCCAUCUGGCACGUCUAAAAGCUUCGAAAUGGAGAGCACAGAUAGCUCCACGAAAACCGUUGAAGGAGGCUUUGCAUUGGUGACAAUGUCAAAGGCUUCCAAUCCCCGCUCAAAAUCAAAGAAAGAUACUAGUGCAUACAUGCGCGGUCUAGAGAAGAAGACCCCGCAAGAACAAAUGAUUGGAUGCGAUUAUUAUGGCUGGAUGAAGAAGAAGUCCUCGAAUCUAAUGACUACAUGGAAGCCGCGGCUUUUCGUUCUUCGCGGCCGUAGACUCUCGUAUUAUUAUUCAGAGGAUGACACAGAGGAACGGGGCCUAAUCGAUAUUUCCUCACACCGCGUAUUCCGUGCUGAUCAAGACACCAUCACGGCACUUCACGCUACACUCACUGGAGCAACAGCCUCCCCGACCUCCCCAAGUAAUUGGAAUAACGGGAAUGCUCCCGCCGAAGCGGAUUCGCUGUCAAAAAUGUCUCAGUCGUCCCCCAGUGAUGCGCCGUUCAUCUUCAAGCUGGUUCCACCAAAGGCUGGGUUAUCGAGGGCGGUUCAGUUUACGAAGCCCUCCGUCCACUUCUUCCAGGUCGACAACGUCCAACAGGGACGUUUGUGGAUGGCGGCAUUGAUGAAAGCUACGAUAGAGAGAGAUCUCAAUCUACCAGUUAAGACCACAAAUAAACAGAAGACAAUCAGUUUGAAACAAGCGCGCGCGACCAACCAACGUCCGCCGGCUCUCAUGGGUCCCGAAAGCAUGGAGAAGAAGUUACCAUCACCGUCCUCUAAGAGCAACACCGAUGGGACCAACGGGGACCAAGUGACCGGGGGCUUGAAUAUUAUUGAAUCUCCGGAGGGAAGCAUUGACAGAAACGAACCUGAGCCUGGGCUGACGACAGUCGAAGCAGGCGGUAGUGAAUCCUCUGAGCCGAUUCAUGUGUCUAUUUUAAACUCAAAUCAGGAGACUGCUUCUUAA